AAACUGAAAAUACUAAAUAGUAAAUAGUGUAAAUAAAUACUAGUGAAUGGAGAGAUCUAAAAUCUAGAAUAAUCUAAUUAAAAUAAAAAGGCAGCGGCCACUCAAUCACAAGUCACGUUAAAAAGUUAGGCUAUCUUCUUCAGAAUGGGCAAUUCAAGUCCUGCAACUCAGUCUGCAGUUCGAUCUAGUGCAAUACAAAAUAAUUCUCCAAACAUUAGAAGACCAAAAACUUUUUCAGCUUUUUCUGCCAAGCAAAAGGAUGUUUUAUUAAAAAGGUAUCAGUUCUAUGAUUCAUCAGCUGGUGGAUCAGUAGGCAUUCCAUUGGACAUUUGUUUGGCCAUGCCAGAGUUUGUGGGAAAUAAACUGAUUGGUGUUCUCAUUCAUGACUUUGCUAAUCCAAAAACAGGAUGUUUACACCAAGAGGAAUUUCUAAAUUUCUGUUCAUUCCUCAGCCCUCUUACAAAAGUUGAGGAAAAAAAACUAGUUCUUUUUGACUGCUUUAAUGUCUACAAAACAAAAACUUUGACACAUGAUGAAAUAUUUAGACUCUACAAAGUGCUUCUAGGGCAUACAAUCAGUGAUGAUCAUAUUUUAUCUUUGACAUUUGAAGCUCUUCAACAUCCUAAACUUAGAAAUAAGGGUGAAAUUCAGCGCGAUGAAUUUAUUGAGAUGGCUCCUGAUUCUGAAGUUGAAGAGAAAUUAAGUGUACACUUUAAUGUUCCUGCAGGCUAAAAUUGUACCGAUAAAAAUAAAAAUGAAAGAUAUGAAACCCGACAUUUGACAAGAAAUGUGGACUUAUGACUAUGAUUUAAGCAUUUAUACAUUUAUUU